AUGAAUACUUUUAUACAAAAGUAUCAAUACAACAUUAUCAAUAAACCCAUCCGAACAUUUGCGAUGCAAUCAUCGUUCAUGAUGACCUUGGGCGAUAUCAUUUCUCAGCAAGUGAUCGAGAAGAAAGGGUUUGACAACCAUGAUAUAGGCCGUUCUGUUCGCAUUAUGAUCUAUGCAGGUGCCAUCAAUGGUCCCUUGGUAGGCAGCUGGUUUGGAUUCAUUAAUAAUGCUGUAAAAAUCAAGAACAAGUGGGCAGCAACAUUUGUAAGAGUCGGCAUAGAUCAAGCUGUAUUUUCGCCGGCUAUUCUCGCCAUAUUCAUGGGAGGUAUCUCGAUAUUAGAAGGUCGUACAGUGAACGAGAUCAAGAUGAAGUUUGAAAACAGCUACUUUAAGGGACUCAUGAACGCUUACUGCUACUGGCCAUUUGUGAACAUAUUUACAUUCUCAAUGAUACCCAUCCACUAUAGACCUAUCGUGAACUCGUGCUUUGGAAUUGCAUGGAACUCUUAUUUAUCUCACAUGAACCAAAAAUCAUUGCAAUCUCUGAAGCUCAUCAAUCCCGAUAACUCUCAGCACACCUCAUCCGCCACCAUGCCAACAGCAGCUUCCGCAUUAUCAUCCUCCUCCUCCUCGACAUAG